AUGUCGGGGGCCACGGCUGAUACGACGGCGGCACCAAUGGUGGGCGCUAGGAACCGGGCGCCAGGCCAGGUGGACGCCCAGGCCUUCCCCGCCCCACACAGGUCGUGUCCCUACAUCGAUGCCAAGGUUCUGUCCCCAUACGCGCGAGGGCAAGAGGGGCAAGGGCGGGGGAGUGACCACCCCGGAGAUGCCGGGGCGCCGCAGUAUGCCGGUGCCGAUUUGCAGUCCCCGUGCCUGAGGGCAGGGUAGCAGAAACGUGCGUGCACUGCCAUCGGCCAUGUUCAUGAGUGGAGACUGGGCUGGGCUGCUGCUCUGCUCUUCUUGUCGUCGGUAGGAGGCAACAAAGCGGCGUGUUCUCUGAAAGGGGGGUAGUAUGUGCUGGAUUGGAGCAAUACGAUAUGUUUUGCAGCUGGAUUGAUCCACGGGGAGGAGACACACGCACAUACGGACAAGACAGAGGGGUAGUUUUGGGCCAUUUAGAUUUUUGCGUAAUGUAUUUUGAUUGGGGGAUCACGAAGGUUUCCAGGGGAUGCUGCGCGUGGUAAUUUCUAUCCUGUGGCAUUCGGUGUACCCACUUAGAGGGUGCCAUCGAGAAGCCGAGGAGGUAAUGUUAUUUUUUCUCCUUGCUGUGGAUUUUUUUAGUGAUGUUUAAUGUCUUCGUAUUUUUCCGUGUUGGAUUGAGUUGGCCCUCUUUUUUUUGUGUGUGUUAAUACUGAAAACUGUCCAUCGGCCUCGUUGAUGAAGUUGAACAACUAUUUGUUUUUUUCGUUUGUUUGGUGGUUUUACGUGUUGCAAGGCUUGCGAGAGGUGGGUGGGGGGCAUAUACCACGAUCGGUGGGUGGGUGCCUGAUUUGUUUGUUUGACGUUGUUGGUGAAAGAGAUGACUAUUCCAGCUGACACAUAAAAUG